AUGUCAAUGAAACAAGAAAUCGAAAGUUGGGUUGCUGCCCUCGAUGCCUAUGAUAACCAUGAGUUUGAAGAAGCAUUACGGCUCUUUGAAGAAAUUCCCGACACUUCUAAGAUUCUAUUUAACUGUGGAGUGAUAUAUGCGACUCUAGGCGAGCACGAUAAGGCAGUUGAUUCUUAUCAACGGGCAGUUGGUCUGGAUCGGUAUCUCGCCAUCGCUUACUUUCAACAAGGAGUUUCCAACUUUUUAUUAGGCGACUUCGAGGAGGCACUGGCAAAUUUUAACGACACAUUGUUGUACCUUCGGGGUAAUACUUCUAUUGAUUACGAACAACUCGGCCUUAAGUUCCGAUUAUUCUCAUGCGAGGUGCUGUUCAACAGAGGUUUAUGCUAUGUCUAUCUGCAACAAUUCGAACCGGGCAUGAAAGACUUGCAUUUCGCAGCCAAAGAGAAGGUUACCGAAGAUCAUGAGGUUAUCGAUGAUGCUAUACGGGAGAACGCAGAUGGGUAUACAGUAUUCUCGAUUCCCGUGGGGACACUAUAUCGCCCCAAUGCAGCCAAAGUAAAGAACCUCAAAGCGAAGGAUUAUCUGGGCAAAUCCCGUCUUGUGGCUCAAUCAGACCGAAACCAAGGGUCAGAGCAUCAGUGGAGGCCAGUCGUCAUUGAUAAGACUGUAUUUGAAGACCGAGAAGGAAUGUCCUACGCUGCCACGAACUUGGUCCACAAGAAUCUGAGCAGUCGCACUCGUCAGCAAUCAGAACCACCAUUGAAUCGCGACGUAUUUCCCCCAACGCCUCCUGCCGAUGACUGGUCCAACGCCAAUGGAUCCACAUCAGGUAACCAGGGACACCAACGAACUGCUUCGCUUCGCAGUGCUCGACCUCCACGAUUGGACUUGGAGCGAACGGGUGCUAGUUUAGAUCGUCGACCUAGUGCUCCAGAUAUUGCCUCAUCACAGCCACUUGUACCAGCCCCACUGAUACCAGGGGCUACCGAAAAGCCUCGGCUUGGGACCAUACGGACAGCAUCAGAGCCUCGUGGCCCGCCAUCGCGGCAACAGAACAUGCGUGGAGUUGCACCGGAGCCAAGCCGUGCUUGGUCCCAACAAUCAGAGGCGCACCGCCGGAAUCAAAGUGAAUCCGACUUUUCGCCUAAUAACGAUUAUGGUCACCCCGAUCCCCGCGAAGCAUACUCAAACUCCCGACCCCUUCACAACUCAGGCUAUGGUCGCUCAAGUCGAUACCAACCCCCGCAGCUCAUCAACGAAGAAGAAGAAUAUGGCAGUGACACCUGUGAUGCAGAGAACGCUGGAGAAGGUGGAUUUGACAUCAUAGACAAUGAUCCGAAUGGCGGUGACUCUCCCAGUCGACAACGCCGAACUCGCUCCCCAGCGCGCUUCUCGCGACGUGCAAACUCGAGACGACCAGAAGUGCGAAAAUUCCGAACAAAGGUCCACGCCCCAGAUGAUAUCCGGUAUAUUAUUAUUGGACCAACUAUCGAAUUUACUGAAUUUGAAACUCGAAUUCGAGAGAAAUUUGGGUUUCAAAACCCACUGAAGAUCAAGGUGCAAGAUGAUGGCGACAUGAUUACUAUGGUGGACCAGGAAGACCUGGAUCUGCUACUCAGUACCGCCAAAGAAGUUGCUCGACGAGAAGGAAGUGAAAUGGGCAAGAUGGAGGUUUGGGUUGAAGAGCGAUCGAUCAGUUGA